AUGUAUCGACAAAUCUGGGUUCAUCCCGACGACAGGAAGUUCCAGAAGAUCUUGUGGUACCACGAAGGCGAAGUUCGAACUUUCGUUCUCAACGUUGUGACUUUCGGGGUGAAGUGUGCUCCUUUUCUUGCAGUUCGAACAUUGCACCAGUUGGCCGUUGAUGAGGAGAGCAGAUUCCCAAGGGCGGCAAUGCUACUUCGUCGAGACUUCUACGUUGACGAUUUCCUUUCAGGUGCAGACACGCUGGAGGACAUCAUGAGGAUUCGCGACGAGAUGAUCAAACUCUUAAAUCGUGGGGGGUUCGUAAUACGAAAAUGGUCCUCUAAUCAUCCGUCAGCUUUAGAUAAUAUCGAUAAAAACAUCUUCGAUUUAGACUGUGGCAUACAAGGGAACCCCAUAAAGAAGACUCUCGGAAUCAUCUGGGACUCGCAACGAGAUGUCUUCACAUAUUCCGCAAACCCUGAUGCAUCAGCUUCUACCAAAAGAAAACUCCUUUCCCAGAUUGCAAGGAUCUUCGAUCCUCUGGGCUUAUUAGGUCCUUUAACUCUGUAUGCCAAAACAUUGAUUCAGGAAUGUUGGAAAGCUAACAUUACCUGGGACGAAUCCCUACCUCAAGACAUCCACACAAAGUGGAUUGCUUUAGCUGAACAACUUCCUUUGGUGCGAGAAGUCGCGUUACUAAGAUAUCUGCGAUACGAUGUUGCGAACCCAGUAUCCACCGAGAUACACGAUUUUUGCGACGCGUCGAUAAAAGGAUACGGCGCGUGCAUCUUCAUUCGUUCCAUUGAUUCCGCGGGAAAUGUCACUGUAAGGUUAGCUUGCAGUAAAUCCAAGGUUGCUUCGCUUAGUCAUCACACCAUACCUCGUUUGGAACUCUCUGGCGCUGCCCUUUUGAAAGGACUAUAUGUCGAACUUGUGACACAGCUGACUUUCACUAUCGUGCGAACAAUUCUUCGAACAGACUCAAAAAUCGUUCUCUGCUGGUUAGACAAAGCUCCUCAUCUACUUAGAACGUACGAAGCGAACAGAGUCCCUGAUAUUCAAACGCUAGGUGAGAAAGUCGAGUGGAAACAUGUUCGUUCGAAAGACAAUCCGGCCGAUUCACUAUCCCGAGGACAGCUACCCAGGGAACUUUUAGCUGACCCCCUCUGGAACUCGGGCCCUCCAUGGUUGGUUCUUCCUGAAGAUCAAUGGCCUUCAUCGGAAGAUUCCUCGUCAGGUGAUCCUCCAGGCGCGACAGAGGGAAUUGUUUUAUUCACAGCUUCUUCCGGAAGCAAUGUCUACGCUCGUUUCUCUGACUAUGGGUGCCUUAUUAGGUCCAUCGGAUAUCUUUUCCGUUGGAGUAGAAGGGAACCAUUGCCAGACGAUACCCAAGAUUCGGAUAAAUCGCAACGAGGGAUUCGUUACCUCUCUCAAGUCGAAAUAGCUUACGCAGAGCGCAAUAUUCUUCUUCUCAUCCAAAGAGAAUGUUUCAGUUAUGAGAUAAGAUUGCUCAAGUCGACUACAAAAUUUAUUUCCAAAGGCCCCAACGGCGCUUUCAGGAGUCGAACGAAGUUCGACGAACUCAAUCCCUUCUUAGACGAGCAUGGGCUGAUCAGAGUAGGCGGUCGGUUGAAGAAUUCAAAUCUUCAGUUCAAUCAAAAAUACCCUUUUUUGCUACCUAGUAAUCAUCACGUGUCAGAUCUCAUUAUCCGCGACGCUUAUCAUCGAAAUCUUCACGGAGGGGUCCAAUCCACUCUCUACACGAUACGCGAGAGGUUUUGGAUUCUCAACGGUCGAAACCAGAUUCAACAUGUCUUGCGCCGCUGCGUACCCUGUCUUCGGCAAAAGCCAAAAUUCUCACACGCCAAGAUGGCAGACCUUCCAGAAUCUCGAGUAAACCCUGCGUUCGCUUUCGCUAAAACCGGCGUAGAUUUUUUUGGUCCGAUUAUGAUCAAAGAAAAAAAGGAUCGGAAUCGAAGCUUCAUUAAGGCGUAUGGGUCUGUUUUCAUCUGCAUGGCCACCAAGGCUGUCCACAUCGAGGUAGCUUCCGAUCUCUCAGCUGAGGGCUUCCUCGCAUGUUUUCGUCGGUUCAUUGCCACGCACGGCAAACCGACCACCAUGUACUCUGACAAUGGUACUAACUUUGUAGGUGCGAAUAACGAACUGCAAAAGAUUUACAAAUUAUACGAUUCACACGAAUUUAAGGACGCGAUUCAAACCUUUGCUACAGCCGAACGGAUUGAAUGGAACUUUAAUCCACCUCUCUCACCGCACUUCGGCGGUUUGUGGGAAGCGGCAGUCAAAAGUUUCAAACACCAUCUAAAUUGUGUCGUCAAAGAUCAAAAGCUCACGUACGAGCAAUUGGAAACAUUAUUAAAGGAAAUCGCCGCCGUGUUAAACUCUUGA